AUGCGCCCGGCCGGUCGUCGUCUGCGGCGCGACCGGCCUCCUCACUACCGUCCUCCUCGCUGUCGUCGGCACGCGGUGCGGCGGUCCGUGGGCGCCGCCGCUGCGAUUGACCACGACAACGUCGAGUGGGCUGCACUCGCUGCGCUUGGUUCCGAGGGGCGCUAUAGGGGGCCGUCUUCGCCGCGACCUAAUACGGCCGUGGGAGCUCGUUGCUGCAGUACCCCCUCGUGCAGGUCGUGCCAUUUGGAGAAGACAGCCACGUCAAAACAUCUUGUGAACUUGCUCACCAGUCACAGCGCUGGCACCUUCUUCUACAGGAUCGUGCUCCUUGCCUUCAGCUGGACAGUACAACCUGCGUGCAAAACGAGUGAAGACCACAGGCAAGGCAAGUUUUCGUUCCUUUGCAUUCCACAUCUCUUAUGUUGUUAUUUUCUGCUGCUUCUCCUGCCCGUUGCACCCAAAACUGUACAAUGCCUUUGUCCACAGAUGGAUCGAGACUGUUGUAAUUGGGACGGCCCAACUACCCGAUUGUUCCUUGACCUCUGUAUUGCUGAGAAGGAUAAAUUCAACUUCACUAAUCAGGGGUUAACUAGGGACGGGUGGCAUAACGUGCAACGCAGUUUCAAAGAACUUGCAGGCGCUCGAUAUACAAACAAGCAGAUGAGCAACAAACUGCAGGCUUUGAAAAAAAGAUACCGGGCCUGGAAGGAUCUGCACAACACCAGUGGCCCAGGGCGUAACAAGAGUACAGGUGGUGUUGAUUUCGAUGCCGAUUGGUGGGAUGAGCAACAAACCCAGCAGGAUGCCAUAGAGACGGAGGAUACCGCAGAGGCUACUAAACCGCGUGGUGCACAACCUCCUAACCUUGACAAACUGGAUAUUCUGUUCUGAUCCCACCAAGAUAGGGGAUCAUUCAUGUGUGCCGGCGGUUUAAGUGAGUCAACCACCCUUCCAAGCCAUGAUCCUGCUGGCCCCUCCUCCAAAAGAGCGGCCGAGGACAACGAGGUUAACAGCCCACCAAAGAAAAAGUGCUGCAGUAUGGAGGACUACAUGAAGGAGAUAUAUGAAAGCAUUGUUAUCGGAGGUCCUCGCCGCCGUCGCCUCCCGACCCGUCGAGACCGGCCUCGUCCGCGCCUUCUGCAGCGGCGCCGCCCCCAAAGUCCCGAUCCGCGCAUUCCUGGAGCGGAUCCACUUGCUGGAGACGGAGGCCCGCCGCUACGCCACCGCCGCGCCGGAAUCGAGAAGGCAGCGCCGACGACCCACUCCCUCCUUUUCUUCUCUUCCUGUGUUGACCACGGGAGGAACGGAUAAGGGAGGGGGAGGGGCACCGCUAGGGGUACCCCGAGAAUGUAUCAAUGGUUCGUUUACUGCUGCUGAUUUUCUUUUUUUUUUUUACGAUCUAAGAUCGGUUUGCGUCGCCCUGCCGUUCGUCGCCGUUCAUCGUCGACACUCCCGAAGGACGAGGUUGUUGUUGCGCCCUCCAGGCUGCAGCGACGACGUUCGUGAUCAAGCCACCCUACCGGUGUCAUCGCCUUUUUAGCCGGUGGCGCCACUCGCCGCCGGUCUUCGUCAAGCAGGCACUCGAUCCGCCUCCGUGCCUCCAGCCGUUUUCGCGCGGACAUAGCCGCCGAUGUUCCUGAAGGAAGACGUCGUCGCCACCCCUGAUCUGAGCGCGACACUUGCUGCAACCUGCGCCGUCGCCACCCCUAUCCUGAGCGUGGCCUAAGUCGCAAACCGCGCCAUCUACCAUCGUCAUCCGCCGCACUGUCCUGUUGCUGUCUUCGGCAAGAAGCUGCUGAGUUUGUGUACUCGAGCACCUCGACGACGCUUCGACCCCGCGCCCCUUCCACGGCUUCGACCACGUCCACCUCGACUUCGGCUACUACGGCACUAAAAGUCUAUCAUCUGCAUGAGUCUCCAGUCAAAGCUUUCGCACCGGCAUUCCGACUGCAGGGGGGAUACAUCUCCAUUGUUCUCCAGUCUAACUGUUCGUGUUGCUACCGCUACGACUGCGGGGGGAUGUUAGAGUAUAUUAGGCAACUCCGGAUAUGGUUAGUUUAGGAUUGAUUGUAAUCCCGGGAUAACCUUCCUUAUCUCUAGAAGAGGCUACUUGCCCUCCAAGCCAUGUACUCCUAUAUAUUCGCCCUAGGGGCUCAAUGCAAUACAUCGACCACAUUAUACGCAUCCUACUUUCUUACUGCAACCUAGGGGCUUCCUUUUUUUGGAGACUUAUUAGCAGACUAGCCUAGUUGAACCGUAAUAUUUCAGACUUUCACAUUUAUUUUAGGCUACUGAAGAUGCACGUAAAGUGGCUGAAGAGGAAAGGGCUCUUGCGCUUGCUGAAAUUGAAAAGG